AUGGUAAAGCGUGAUAAACCAAAGAAGCCCCAAUUCCCACUCAAUCAGUUGCCCAUUGAAAGGAGACUCGCCAUUGUCAAGUUCGAUGCAGAGGAUUGCAAAGACGCAAUCCACGACCAACGGAUUCCAAAGACUUUUGGCGACCAGGUGCAUCAGCUGUGUAUCAUUCGCGGCAUCAGAUACCACUAUGGCUUUGCCCAGGAGCUCCGCGGGGUGACCCCAGAGUUCACUCGAGCCUUGAAUGCCCGGGAUAUCAUGAGCGGUAUCAUUCCAACCAUCGCCGCACUCGACGAGGCGCCUUACUGUAUUUGGCAUCCCGAUGUCCCGAGCGAGGAUGCUCUGCGGGCUCUCGUUCAGCGUUACCCAGAUAUGCUCUAUCAUGCUGCUCGUGCCUGUGGCGUCGCCGGAUACAUUGAUUUGUACAAACAGCUUCAUCCUCUUCCGGAGGUGCACGUCGCAGAGGAAGCUGGUUACGCAAGUUUUCAAAAGAAGAACAAGGGCAGCCAGGAGAUCUAUCAGCAUAUUCUGUCUCAGCCCGUGAAAUUCGCAAUCAUGAAUGAUUACAAGCGGACAGUGGAUAUUGCCGGGCGUCGAAUCGCACCUUUGAAUGGCGAUACAGCUGUUUGUUCGAGUCUUGAAGCCAGAUCAAAGUACUCUACCUCUGGAGAUAUUUGCCUUGACGAGAGGCCAUGGGUUUCAAAUUCAAAUUAUUUCAACAUUACCGAGGACUUCGGAAUAGAUGAUCAUGACUGCGAGGCACCCAAGACACCAGAUAAUGAUUUGGCACUGCUUUAUAACCCUCUGCCUGCAGAUCUCCCGCUCAUCAACAAGGAUAGUCUGAUCUAUGUUGCUGCAUACACAGGCAACAUUGACCGCUACGCACGCCUUCGAAGACCAAAGGGGCUUGAACAUGAAUUUGGCAUCGUGAUACGUGGUAUCUAUCAUAAUGCAUUCUUUGCCAAAUGGUGGGGUACGCAGAUUCCCGAGCAGCCACGAGGAGGAGGUAAUGAGGCGGUUAUUCGGCGCGCAAUCAAUGCCCGGCGUAUCAUGUCCAAUGAUCUAUCUUGGGUCACGGCGAAUACCCCGGGUGAGCUACUGCCCGAAAUUAUCUGGUUUCCCGCCGUCGCGGCAGCAUUGACUUAUGAAAGGCUUGCCUAUAUAGAACCCAAAAUGUAUCGGGCAUGUCUUAGUGCUUGCAUUGCUGCGAACUAUGCUUCGACGUGGGAUGACUUGCUUCUCGCUCCACCUGACAAUGUCUAUUGGUUCCAGUCUCCGAGGAAACCUAAUGAGCCUGAGGAUCCUAAGCUAUGGAGAAUUUCCAGAAUCAUCGCCGAUGACUUUUGGAAAGAGGCGGAAGAAUCGCGCAACCCAUACUUUUUGCAAGAAAUGUCGACUGUUGUGCCGAAUAAACCUGAAGAUGGCAAUAAAAUCGUUAGUAUUAUCAGCUUGUUCAUCUUCAUCUGA